AUGGGUUUGCCUUGGUAUCGUGUUCAUACUGUUGUAUUGAAUGAUCCCGGUCGUUUGCUUUCGGUUCAUAUAAUGCAUACUGCUCUGGUUGCUGGUUGGGCCGGUUCCAUGGCUCUAUAUGAAUUAGCUGUUUUUGAUCCCUCCGACCCUGUUCUUGAUCCAAUGUGGAGACAAGGUAUGUUCGUUAUACCUUUCAUGACUCGUUUAGGAAUAACCAAUUCAUGGGGCGGUUGGAAUAUUACAGGAGGGACUAUAACGAAUCCGGGUUACGAAGGGGUAGCCGCAGCACAUAUCGUGUUUUCUGGCUUGUGCUUCUUGGCAGCUAUUUGGCAUUGGGUAUAUUGGGAUCUAGAAAUUUUUUGUGAUGAACGUACAGGAAAACCUUCUUUGGAUUUGCCCAAGAUUUUUGGAAUUCAUUUAUUUCUUUCAGGAGUGGCUUGCUUUGGUUUUGGCGCAUUUCAUGUAACAGGAUUAUAUGGUCCUGGAAUAUGGGUAUCCGACCCUUAUGGACUAACCGGAAAGGUCCAACCCGUAAAUCCGGCGUGGGGCGUGGAGGGUUUUGACCCUUUUGUUCCGGCGUUGGGUAUAUUAGCGGGCUUAUUCCAUCUUAGUGUUCGUCCGCCUCAACGUCUAUACAAAGGAUUACGUAUGGGAAAUAUUGAAACCGUCCUUUCCAGUAGUAUUGCUGCUGUCUUUUUUGCAGCUUUUAUUGUUGCUGGAACUAUGUGGUAUGGUUCUGCAACUACUCCCAUCGAAUUAUUUGGUCCUACUCGUUAUCAAUGGGAUCAGGGAUACUUUCAACAAGAAAUAUAUCGAAGAGUUAGUGCCGGACUAGCUGAAAAUCAAAGUGUAUCAGAAGCUUGGUCUAAAAUUCCUGAAAAAUUAGCUUUUUAUGAUUAUAUUGGUAAUAAUCCAGCAAAAGGGGGAUUAUUCCGAGCGGGUUCAAUGGACAAUGGGGAUGGAAUAGCUGUUGGAUGGUUAGGACACCCCGUCUUUAGAAAUAAAGAAGGGCGUGAACUUUUUGUACGCCGUAUGCCUACUUUUUUUGAAACAUUUCCGGUUGUUUUGGUAGACGGAGACGGAAUUGUUAGAGCCGACGUCCCGUUUAGAAGGGCAGAAUCUAAAUAUAGUGUCGAACAAGUAGGUGUAACUGUUGAGUUUUAUGGUGGUGAACUCAAUGGAGUAAGUUAUAGUGAUCCCGCAACUGUGAAAAAAUAUGCUAGACGGGCUCAAUUGGGUGAGAUUUUUGAAUUAGAUCGUGCUACUUUGAAAUCCGAUGGUGUUUUUCGUAGCAGUCCAAGAGGUUGGUUUACUUUUGGGCAUGCUUCGUUUGCUCUACUUUUCUUCUUUGGACACAUUUGGCAUGGUUCUAGAACCCUCUUCAGAGAUGUUUUUGCUGGUAUUGAUCCAGAUUUGGAUGCUCAGGUGGAAUUUGGGGCAUUCCAAAAACUUGGAGAUCCAACUACAAAAAGACAAGCAGUCUGA